AUCUCAUAAAGUAGUUAAUGUACUGGAGCUAUACUAUUGGUCAACUUGUCUAACGUACCCAUAACUUCAUUAAUCAGUUUAAAUUAUUCAUAGAGGUUAUUUAACUUAAGACAACAACAUGCCAACUUUAAGCAUUACUACUAAUUUACCAAAAUACAAAAUUCCAUCAACAUUUUUAGCUGAUGCAUCAAAAUUAGUCAGCCAAGUACUCCAAACACCAGAACUAUAUAUUGCUGUGAGAAUCAAGGCUGGACAACAGAUGUUUUGGUAUAAUAAUGAAUCGCCAUGUGCACUAGGAAACUUAACCGGAACUGGAAACUUUGGAAUCGAUGAAAAUAAGCAUUAUGCUUCAAUUAUAUACGACUUCAUUGAAAAACAACUUGGCAUACCGCAAGACAAAUUUUAUUUAUCAUUCGUGGAACAAAAACCAAGCAAUAUUGGAGUCCGAGGUACGACUUUAGAAGAGAUUAUUCAAUAGAAUCUGACAAGAUAUUCGAUGAUUAUGUGACAAUAAAAUAUUUGUGUUUUUUUUUUUUAAGUCUUUUAAAUCUAUUGUGUAAUAAUAUUAUAAUACUAAUAAAUAAUUCAUUUUAAUA